GUGACCCCAGAGGAAGAGGCUGAGAUGGUGUGUAUGAUGGACAGUGACCCCUGGAAGCUCUCUCAGUCUGGGCGAAGGAAACAGGACUAUGGCCCAAAAGUCAAUUUUCGGAAGCAGAAACUGAAGAUGGCUGGCUUCCAGGGUCUCCCCAGCUUCAGCCAGAAGGUGGUCCAGAGAAUGGGCGUCUACCCAGGGCUGGAGGACUUCCAGCCUGUGGAACAGUGUAAUCUGGAUUACAGCCCAGAGCGGGGCUCAGCCAUCGACCCCCACCUGGAUGAUGCCUGGCUGUGGGGCGAGCGCCUGGUGAGCCUCAACCUGCUAUCUGCCACCGUGGUGUCCAUGUCCUGUGAGGCCCCUGGCAGCCUGCUGCUCUGCUCAGCCCUCUCCAUUGGACCUGAUGUUUUUGAUGGCAGCAUCGUGGCCCCUAGCAGGUCUGUCCCUUGCCAGGAGGUGGAGGUAGCCAUCUGUGUGCCCUGCCGCUCCCUGCUGGUGCUCACAGGGGCUGCCCGGCAUCAGUGGACACAUGCCAUCCACCGCAGACACAUCGUGGCCCGUCGUGUCUGCGCCACCUUCAGAGAGCUGUCCAAUGAGUUCCUGCCUGGAGGGAAGCGGCAACAACUGGGGCAGGAGCUGCUGCAGGCUGCCCUCUCCUUCCAGGGAAGGCCUGUGUGAGCGAGCACACCCCAGAGCACAGGGAAGGCCUAUGUGUGUGUGUGUGAGCACACCCGAGCACAGGGAAGGCCCAUGUGUGUGUGUAUGUGAACACACCCCUGAGCACAGGGAAGGCCUGUGUGUGUGUGUGUGAGCACACCCCUGAGCACAAGGAAGGCCCGUGUAUGUGUGUGAGCACACCCCUGAGGCCUUUCCACAAAUCAUUAGAUUCAUGUGAUUUUUUUUUUUUGAGACAAGGUCUCAUGUACCUAGGCUGCCUUCAAGUGUAUUCUGUAGUUGAAGAUGACCUGGAACUCUUGAUCCUUAUGCCUCCACUCCCCAGUACUAGGAUUACAGGUGUGCACACCAGGCCUGGCUUUAUCAAGUUGUUUUGUUUUGUUUUUCUUUUUGAACAGAGUCUCUGGCCUAAACUGGCCUACAGCCGAUAUACAGCCAAGGGUGAUUUUGAACUCCUGAUCUACUGCCUCUGUCUCCGGAAUGCUGGGAUAGUCAGUGUGCACCACAGUGCUUGGGGUUUUUUGUUGUUGUUGUUGUUUAGGUACUGGGAUGGAACCCAGGGCUUCCUGCUUGCUAAGCAAGUGUUCUGCCAACUAAGCUAUACCCUUACCCUGUUGGGAUUUUGAGACAAGGUCUCGUAUGGACCAGACUGGCCUGGAACUCACUAUGUAGCCUGGCUUUGAACUCCCAAUCCUCCUUCCUCAGCCUCCCAAGUGCUGGGAUGACAGCCCACUGAUUAGGUUUUCUGAGAAGCACGUGACCUCUGAUCAUGACAUACCCUGCCCAGGCUGGUUCUGAUGGGCCUGGCUCUUGGCUGCUCUCUGAGUUAUUUAAUUUGUCACAGUUUGGAGGAAUUCAAUCUUUAAAAACCUUAGUAUUUGGGAGAAGCAAGAUGGCUCAGUGGUAAAGUGCCAUCAAGCUGGACUACCUAAGUUCAGUCUUUGGAACCUUCAUGGUGGAUGAGUGGACCAACUCCUGCAAGUGGUCCUCAGACUUCCACACAUACAUUGCCUCUCUGAUAAAAUUUAUAAUAAAAGAAAACCCGUGUUCCCAUGUGAAA